AUGGUGGAGCUGUGUGGAGGCCCUCACCUGUUCGUGGAUGGGAUCAGUGCCCACGACCUGCAUCAGGGACAGUUGGGGAACUGUUGGUUUGUAGCCGCCUGUUCCAGUCUGGCCUCCAGAGAGUCCCUGUGGCAGAAGGUCAUCCCGGACUGGAAGGAGCAGGAGUGGGACCAGGAGAAGCCCGAGUCGUACGCCGGGAUCUUCCACUUCCGGUUCUGGCGUUUCGGGGAGUGGGUGGACGUGGUCAUCGACGACCGGCUCCCUACUGUGGACAACCAGCUGGUCUACUGCCACUCCAACGACCCCAACGAGUUCUGGAGCGCCCUGGUGGAAAAGGCCUACGCCAAGGUGUAUGGGUGCUACGAGGCUUUGGACGGGGGGAACACAGCAGAUGCCCUGGUGGACUUCACGGGGGGGGUGUCGGAACCCGUGGACCUCCUGGAGGGUCACAUGGCCUCAGACGAAGCCGCCCGGAACCAGAUGUUUGAGAGGGUCCUCAAAGUGCACAACCGAGAUGGCCUCAUCAGCUGCUCGAUACGGGUCCUCACCCCCUCCCCCUCACCCUCUCACCCCCUCAUCAGCUGCUCCAUACGGGUAGGUCCUCACCCCCUCACCCUGUGUGUGUACCUGUAUCCCUGUGUGCCCCAGGCCAGCACCAUAGAGGACAUGGAGGCGACUGCCACCGCCCCAGAGGACAUGGAGGCCUGCCUGGACUGCCACCACCCUGGAGGACAUAGAGGCCCACCUGGACUGUGUGUGUCCCUGUGUGUACCUGGGUCCCUGUGUACCUAUGCUCCUGUGUCCCUGUGCUCCCAGGCCACCACCCUGGAGGACAUGGAGGCCCGCCUGGACUGCCACCACCCUGGAGGACAUGGAGGCCCACCUGGACUGUGUGUGUCCCUGUGUGUACCUGUGUCCCUGUGUACCUAUGCUCCUGUGUCCCUGUGCUCCCAGGCCACCACCCUGGAGGACAUGGAGGCCCGCCUGGACUGUGCCACCACCCUGGAGGACAUGGAGGCCCGCCUGGACUGUGUGUGUCCCUGUGUGUACCUAUGUCCCUGUGUCCCUGUUCCCCUGUGUACCUAUGCUCCUGUGUCCCUGUGCUCCCAGGCCACCACCAUAGAGGACAUGGAGGCCCGCCUGGACUGUGGCCUGGUCAAAGGUCAUGCUUAUGCUGUGACUGACGUGAAGAAGGUUCGUCUCGGACACGGACUCCUCGCCUUCUUCAAAUCUGAGAAACUGCAGAUGAUCCGCAUGAGGAACCCGUGGGGCGAGAAGGAGUGGGGCGGGCCCUGGAGCGACAGUUCUGAAGAGUGGAACAAAGUGAGCAAGAGCGAGCGGGAGAAACUGGGAGUCACUGUUCAGGACGACGGGGAAUUCUGGAUGACCUUUGAUGACUUCUGCCAGUACUUCACGGACCUGAUCCUGUGCCGACUCAUCAACACCUCGUACCUGAGCAUCCAUAAGACCUGGGAGGAGGAGGUGAUGAGGGGCUCCUGGGCCCAGCGCCACGACCCGCUACGGAACCGGGCCGGGGGCUGCAUCAACCACAAGGCCAGCUUCUUGCAGAACCCACAGUACGUGUUUGACGUGAAGAAGGUGGAAGACGAGGUGCUCAUUUGUUUACAGCAGAAGGAGAAGAGAGCGACGCCCAAAGACGGAAAGUCCGAGAACCUGGCCAUCGGCUUCGACAUCCACAGGGUGGAGUUGAACCGAAAGUACCGCAUGCACACGGCGCAGCAGAAGGUUGCGGGUUCCAUCUACAUCAACUCUCGCUGCGUGUUCCUGCGAAAGGAGCUGAAGGAGGGCCGUUACGUCAUCAUCCCCACGACCUUUGACCCCGGGCAGCAGGGCGACUUCCUGCUGCGUGUCUUCACUGAUGUGCCUUCAGACUGCAAGUAA